AUGUCAACACCAGAACCAAGCACAACUUUUGAAAAACAAAGAGACUUCCUACUUGCAGAGAUCUCGUCUGCUAUUGACUCGGUCGUCUAUAACCUAGACGUGCUCAAUCGCUCCCUCAAUGACUCGAUCCAAGUGGGUAAAGAGUUUGAAGAUGUGGGCAGACUCUGGUCUACUUUCUAUAAUGGAGUAGGCAAAGCACAACGCGACGCUUCCAAUGAACCAGAAAAGGAUCAACAGGAGCCUCAAGCUCAAAAAGACGCGUGA